UAAUAACGUUUGUGUUUCCUUUUUAUCCACCCAGAACUUUGGAGACCCGAGGCGCGAUCGUAAAAGCCGUCAGCUCUCUGUGACUGCGCGUCCAAUCAGCAGGAGCUCUGCAGAGCCCUCCACUUGUAAUUGGAUGGAGACGGGAGCGGAAUAUGCAGCCUUGGCACAACGUAAACACACGCUCGUCUGCUUCGCGCUACAGAGGACGCGCCGGAUGGAGCGGACGGACUGAGCCAAGCCGCUGGGAGGAGGCAGAGGUUUUAAAGUUUAUGUCAUGAUAGAGUGAGAUAGGAUUUCAGAGCGUCAACGUGAGAUUUAAAAGAACAGGAGUGCGCGGUGCACAGUGGUCCCUCAGACUGGCGCGGAUCGUAGGUGCUUCUUAGCGUCAGAUCCGUGGAUUACGCACCGCGGAGCGCCUGGGACAGAGAAAACUUUUCCAAAGUACCCGUUUUUGCGCAGGGAUGCGCGGCGGCGUGUUUCCCCCCGCACAAGUCUAAACAAGUUGCAGCAACGACAUUUUUAAGCCAAGUCUCAAUGGAUUGAUUUUCACGCUUUUCUACAAUUGCGCAAACAUUUGACUCAUGCGUAUGAACCGUGCAUGUGUUUAUGGAUUAGAACACGACACACUGGAACUUUGAUCGAACGCCAGGAGACAGAAAAUCACAUCAAAAACACAGUAUAUGCUUUGGGGGAUGGCAACCGCCACCUCGAGUCCGUAUCUAACCAGCAGCAGGAUUUUAUCCGGCCCCGUCCUCCACUCCGACCGGAGAGGUGGCGGCAUGCAGCCGGGCAGCACCGCGCUUUCCAGUGGAUACAGAGGGGACCAUUCAGUUAAAAUGGUGCAGAGUGACUUCAUGCAGGGCGCGAUGGUGGCGAGCAACGGGGGGCACAUGCUGAGCCAUGCCCACCAGUGGGUGACAUCGCUGCCUCACGCGGCCGCCGCGGCGGCGGCGGCGGCGGUGGCGGCGGCCGAGGCCGUCUCUCCGUGGCCGCCCGGCUCCCAGCAGCAGGAGGUGAAGAGGAGCGCUCCCAGGGAGGAACUCCACUCAGGCUCCGCGCUGCACCACAGGUCCCCGCAUCUGGGACCUCACCAGUCGCAUCCGGGGAACUGGGGAGCCACCUCCGCAACGCACAUCAGCAUCACGGAGGGGCAGCAGCAGCAGCAGCAGCAGCAGCAGCAGCAGUCCCUCGUUUACUCCCAGUCCGGCGGCUUCACGGUUAAUGGGAUGCUGAACUCGCACACCGGGCAGAGCCUCAUGCACCCGGGGCUGGUGCGGAGAGAGUCCCCGGAGCUGGACCACGGCGGCCACCACCAUCACCACCACCACAACAACCACGCGCCCCAUCACCAGCCCCACGGCGUGAGUCACGAGCCGCACUCGGACGAGGACACGCCGACCUCUGACGACUUGGAGCAUUUCGCCAAACAGUUCAAGCAGCGGCGCAUCAAGCUGGGCUUCACGCAGGCGGACGUGGGCUUGGCUCUGGGCACGCUGUACGGCAACGUCUUCUCCCAGACCACCAUCUGCAGGUUCGAGGCGCUCCAGCUCAGCUUCAAGAACAUGUGCAAGCUGAAGCCCCUGCUCAACAAAUGGCUGGAGGAGGCCGACUCCACCACCGGGAGCCCGACCAGCAUAGACAAGAUCGCCACGCAGGGCAGGAAGCGGAAAAAGCGCACGUCGAUCGAAGUGAGCGUAAAAGGCGCGCUGGAGAGCCACUUCCUCAAGUGUCCCAAGCCGUCGGCGCAGGAGAUCAACUCCCUGGCGGACACGCUGCAGCUGGAGAAGGAGGUGGUGCGGGUCUGGUUCUGCAACCGCAGGCAGAAGGAGAAGCGCAUGACGCCGCCUGGACUCCCACGGACCCCGGAGGACGCGUACUCGCAGGUGGGCGGCAUGGGUCCUGACACGCCGUCCCCCUCCAUAGACUGCAAGAGGAUGUACAGCGACACGUGAGAAGGACCCACGACGACCCGUGGUGAUGGACAGUGAACGUGAGCCGGUAAUGGUCGUUUAGAGGUUCGUUUCUCUGGGGGACUCCGUGAUUUGGUUAACUUUUCUUCGUUAACCACAAUAACCCACAUCGUUAUUUCACAAUAAUGUUUUGCUGUGUGUGUUGAGGACCACGUCCCUGUUUUUAUGCAUCUCAUUUUCUGCACUACAAACGAGCCUUUGGGACAAAACGUUAAAGGCUUAAAUGGACAAAAUUAAAAUUUUCUUCACCAAGAUUUAAAAAAAAAGAGACAUUUUCAGAGGUUUUAAAGCCAAGAAGAUCAAACUUUCCACCCCUCUGUGCUGUUCUAAUAAAAUUUCCCUUUUGAUGCUGCAGAUUUUGAUGUCCAGGGUGUGUCCACGUUUAUUCUCAGCGAAGGACAUUGAUUUCAUGCGCCGUUCAAUCUCCCUCCUCAUUCUUGUGUUGGGUGUCAGUGGAUUUUCUGUUGUGGAGUAGAAGCAGACCCAGUUUAUCUUCUUGUCAGUCAUUUUUGAACUAGCAGACAUGCCCCUGCAUCUAUGUACAUUUAAAUGUGCCGUGUAUCCUCGUGUGAUGAUUUAGGCUAUUUAUUUUCUACCACUGUUUCCAUGGAAUAGACUAAUUAUUUAAUAAACUUAAGAAAAGGAAAAAAAAA